UGCGCAUGCCUAGCCAGACGUGGCAGCAGCAGCCAGAGCCAGCAGCUCCUCGUUCUGCCAGCGCGAGCGGCAGUCGGUGAUGGGUCUGGCGGGGCGCAGCUUUGGGAGGACGAAGUGCUUCGCAGGGAGGAUGUUGCUGCUGGCCCUCUUGACCAUCUUUCCAGCCUGCCUAUUAUCAGCAAAGAUGUCCCCAUUGAUAGAGAAAAUUAGUGAUCAGAAGGACUUCAAGAAGCUCCUGAGAACACGGAACAAUGUGUUGGUGCUAUAUUCCAAAUCUUCGGCUGCUGCUGACACUUCACUCAGGUUAUUAUCUGAUGUAGCCCAAGCGGUGAAAGGCCGAGGUACUAUAUCAUGGAUAGAUUGCGGUGAUUCAGAGAGCAGAAAACUAUGCAAGAAGAUGAAAGUUGACCCUAGUUUGAAGGAGAAAGGGGUAGAGUUAUUGCAUUACAAGGAUGGCGCAUUUCACACUGAAUAUAACAGAGCACUCACACUGAAGUCAAUGGUGGCCUUUCUAAAGGAUCCAGAAGGAGCUCCAUUGUGGGAGGAAGAUCCUGAAGCCAAAGACAUUGUCCACAUUGACAGUGAAAAGGAACUGAAAAGACUUUUGAAGAAGGAAGAUAGGCCUCUGCUGCUGAUGUUCUAUGCCCCCUGGUGUGGUGUUUGCAAAAGAAUGAUGCCAUCUUUCCAGCAAGCAUCCACAGAAGUUAAAGGCAUGUAUGUACUUGCAGGGAUGAAUGUAUACUCAGCUGAAUUUGAAAAAAUAAAAGAAGAAUACAAUGUCCGGGGAUACCCAACCAUUUGCUACUUUGAAAAGGGAAAAUUCCUGUUCAACUUUGAGAACUAUGGUGCUACAGCAAAGGACAUCAUUGAAUGGCUGAAAGAUCCUCAGCCACCUAAGCCACAGGCCCCAGAGACUCCCUGGUCAGAAGAAGAUAAUGCUGUUUAUCACCUAACAGAUGAUGACUUUGACAAGUUCACCAAGGAGCAUCCUUCUGUUUUAGUGAUGUUCUACGCACCAUGGUGUGGGCACUGUAAGAAAAUGAAGCCGGAAUAUGAGAACGCCGCUGAGAUGCUCCACGCAGACAGUGAUAGACCAGGUGUCCUGGCAGCAGUAGAUGCUACUGUCAACAAAGCUGUAGCAGAAAGGUUUCAUAUAUCAGGAUUUCCAACACUCAAGUACUUCCAGGAUGGAGAAGAGAAAUAUACUUUGCCACACCUCCGAACAAAGAGUAAAAUUGUUGAAUGGCUCCAAAAUCCACAGGCGCCGCCUCCACCUGAACCAACUUGGGAAGAAAGGCAAACAAGUGUAAUCCAUCUAGCAGGAGAAGACUUCAGGGAAUCUCUGAAGAAAAAGAAACAUGCUCUUGUGAUGUUCUAUGCUCCAUGGUGCCCACACUGUAAAAACUCCAUCCCCCAUUUCACAACAGCUGCAGAACUAUUUAAAGAAGAUCGAAAGAUUGCCUAUGCUGCAGUGGACUGUGCCAAAGAACAGAAUCACGACCUGUGUAAGCAGGAAGGUGUGGAUGGUUACCCAACCUUUAACUACUACAACUAUGGAAAAUUUAUAGAAAAAUAUAAUGGAGACAGAGGGGAGUCUGGAUUCUCAACUUUCAUGCGGACGCUCAGAGAACGGGACCAUGAAAAGAUAGGGAAGAGGAAAGAUGAGUUGUAAUUUCUGCCUCACACGAUGAUUUCCACUGCACUGUGAAUGGUCUCAGGGCCACUGGUACAAUGCCUGGGAUUCCACAUCUUUUUAAAAAGAGAGACUUUGGUUUUUUUUACAAACAGCCAUUUGCCAUUUUGUACAAUUUUGAAAUAAAGUGAGAUCAUUUGAUUUUUAAAAGGAAAAAAAUAAAUGACAUCAUUGUUGCCAUAUUCUGUUAUGGAAAACGAAAAGAAGAGCGUUUUCUCUUCAUUUGAUGCACCUAUGCCCAUUUGAUACUCCUAUGCAAUCUUUUUUGUAAUCUGUAGGUUUGAUAGUGAUUUCCCCUGACAAGGUGAUUUCUGCAUUUUUUUUAAUUUUUGAAGAAUAUUAUAUGUGAAAUGGCUUUUAAAAAUUGGAGGGAGAGGAUGAAAGGAAGGUGCAAUGGAUCCAUCAGGAGCAAGUUCCAUGGAAACUGACAGAGCUUUGAGGUCCCAGUGGACUCUGCCCCAAGCCUCUUCGGGUGCAGUUGUGUGCACAGCACUUAUUUCAGGAACCAGGUGUGAUUAAGUGCACUUUCAGUCCUUAUAGUCCAUGUACUAAGCAGACAUCAGCCUGCACUGCUCACUCCCGCUCUGCAUGGCUAAUGGGACAUCUGCCAGAACAGGGUAGUGUGUGGAGUCUGCAUGACAGAUCUGCCACAAUUAUCACGCAAGCAUCUUUUGUAAGUGGGGCCUUUUCCAGGAACUGUGUGUGUGCAUUUCUAGUUGUGCUCAACAGUGCCAAACUAGUAGGAUGACUAGUUGUGACUGGGACAUGCUCUUGCGGUCUUGCUAGGUUACACUUCCUUCCUAGAGAGAUUGGGGGGGGCAAUUUUUAAGGUGCUCAGGGAUAAUAGGGAAAUAAUGAAGAAGCAUUGAUUGGCCAUUUCAGAUCUUAAUUGACUGUAGUGGUGGUUUUUGUUUUGUUUUUGUUUUUUUAAUCUGCCGUACUGUUUACAUAUCUUUAUAGAAUGUGUGGGUUAUUUCAAACAAAUGUCUCUGCAUUCGGCACAUAUCAAGCACCGAAUGUCUCUCAGUGUAUGUGUUUGCUCUCACGUUGUCCAAUGCUCCUGUAAGCAUAGGAGUGGUGUAGUGCAGGUAUAAAUAAGGUUCUACUUAAUUUAUGAUCUGACCAUAGGAACUGCGUAUUUGCUAAGCAUUCCAUUUGACUGUUGACAGAGGCACUGAUAUUUUUGAUAUGAAGAAACAUCAUGCAACAAUACUUGUUUACGUUCCAAAGGCUUGUCUAUGUAAGUUAACUACAAAAGGAAAGUAUAAUUUUUUUAGAAUUCUAUAGAAGCAAGUUGCGCUUUAAAAUAAAAAAAUUUGUUUAGCCCCUGUCAGUGAUGUAAGAAAAUAACAGCAUUACUAGAACUAGCUUUUAAAAGUUCGUAAUUAUGUGCAGAUUCUGUGAGGUGAGGGUGAUCUGGACAUUGUGUCUCCAUGGGAUUUAUUAUAUUUUUUGUGAUUUCCAAUUUGAUCAAAAAGAAUAAAAGAUUGAAAAUAUGCUCUAA